GUUGAACGCCGGGUCCGUCCUCCGCAUCGGAACGAGGAUUCUCUUCAACUUUUGACAACCGUUCCAUGUCGCGAAAUGGAUCUGAGUCUUGUAACAUUCGAUUGAUCAAUUCGGAACACUCUUUCGGCCGUUGUUCAGAAUCGGAUUCUUCCGCGCGUCGUCUGAUAUUGCGUACCUUGCUCAACCGGGUUCCCCAAGACCCACAGACUCGUUCUACCCUACAGUGCUGAGAUCGGCAAAUUGGUCAACCAUGCCUGAGGUCAUCAAGAGUCGACCAGCGAGAGGGGCGGCGCAACGAGUGCGAACUGGAAGUAGAACUCUCGUAGCAUGCAUAAGUUGCAAAGACAGGAAAUUGAAGUGCGAUGAGCAAAUCCCGUCCUGCAGCAAUUGUCGGCGAAGUGGUCUUGGCUGCUUUGUUGAAGAUCCAAUAACGAAAAGACAUCAACCGCGGAACUACUUGGAGACGUUAGAGCAAAGAGUAGUUCUGUUGGAAGAACAGCUGAAAGAGGCUCGGUCGAAUGUUACCAAUGGCCCAAGUCCUUCAGCGAGUAAUCAGGCUGCUUCUACAUCAGAUCAAGCUAGUACGACUGCCAUAGACGAGCGAUUUGAACUCGAUGAUCUCUCGUCCAUGAUUGGAACACUGAGUCUGAAUGCAGCGGGCGCUGAACCCAGUUAUCUUGGCGCCUCAUCUGCGUUCGCCUUCGCACGCUUCAUGAAGCCCUCCAUUCGCCAAGCCGUUACAUCAUUACCUCCAGAAAUUUCCUCCAUUUCCAGAUCACAAUCUCAUGGCCAUGCAUCUUAUCCCCCAGAACCUUGCCCGCUACCAGACUAUCAGACAGCUGUCAAGUUGAGCAACGCUUACUUUCAGAACAUCCAUCCCCAGUACCCCUUCUUGCAUGAACCGACCUUUAGGCUGUGGGAAACGGUAUUAGAAGACCCGUUUGAAGCGAUGAGUAGACUUGGCUAUGACCCCGUACCUCUCUACUUCCUCAACAUGGUCUACGCUAUCGGAGCUCUCCUGAAACCCGGCUUAGGCUAUUCAGCAGAGCAACUCUACGUCUCUGCCAUGCUCUACAUAGAUGAGAUCAUUUGUAAUGACAACCUGGAGUGUAUACAAGCGAUCCUCUGCUCAGCAGCCUAUUCUCUACGCUCGGCAAAAGGGACAUCACAUUGGAAGCUAGGUGGACAAGCCCUUCGCCAAUGUGUAAACCUCGGCUAUCAUCGUAAUCAGAAGCGACUACGGUCUACCCUCAACCCAUUGCAAAGAGAGCUCCAAAAACGAGCGUUUUGGAGUGCAUAUGUAAUGGAGUGCUCUGCAGCUGUGAUGUUAGGAAGGCCACUGAGUCUUCAUUAUCAAGAGAUUGAUGCUGAGUUUCCAUUGGAUAUAAAGGAGUCACAAAUAUCUUCAGCCGGAAUCUACGGCAAUUCACGAUCCUUACCAACUGACCCGCCCACGGUCAUGACACAUGCUACCCAUGGCUUCCGCAUCCGUGCGCUAAUAGGACGGAUACAGACAACGCUUUACUCUGAUAGCACUCUUAGAGAUGCUACAAUCCGUCAAGCAUUGAUCGAACAUCUGUCCGACGAGCUAGAGGAAUGGUAUACUGCACGACCUCCUCCAAUGAUUCCCCCAGAUGGCGGUGCACUCUCAUUCUUCGUUAGUGCAGAUUGGUAUGAAGCCAACUAUAACUACGCCGUCCUUCAACUCUUCCGGCCUCAAAUAACGGACACCAAGAGCACGGCAUCAGAUGAGAUCUUUCUCAAAUGUCUAAGCACGUCAAAACAGACAUGCCACAUCUUUCGACGACAAUAUUUUGGCAAGCCAAUGGCAUAUACUUGGAGCGCUUUGCAUGAGCUGUUUCUCGCUGGACUGACAUACCUGUACUGUCUAUGGAUGUCUCCCGCGGCACGACAGGUAUCUCGGUAUGAUGAAGUCAGCAACACUUGUACAGAUUGUACCAUGGUUCUGGUGAUCCUUGCUGAGCGGUGGCCUGAAGCAGCGCCCUUUCGGAAUAUCUUUGAAGUGCUCGCAAGCCGGACAAUGACCAUGAUGACUGAUUCGCAUCAAGGAAAGGAAGUAAUGCCUAUAGCAAUAGGUCCAGAACAAGAGACAUACCCGGAAGGCUUGUCGCAGUGGAUGGCUGGAAUGUCUGAUACAGGUAUAACUACAGGGGUGGAUUGGUUGCUGAGCGAGCUCAUAGACGAAUUCCCAGCUCCUGAAUAAGGACAUGUAAACACAACAUGGAUGAUAUUAUAUAACCGAAACUCAGAUUUCAAUGUUGAUGAACG